AUGGGACAACAGGGACGUCAAGUACAUUCAAAGAUCAAAUACUUUGAUGAUCCGGGUGUACCUUUGGUGCCCAUGAUAAUUGGAGGUCCGGAACCCGGCAAGCCUCAACCCAAAGUCGAGAUCCCAACAACUAUCACUGAUAUCACUGGUAGAGAGGAUGAAUUCACGCUCGAUGUUCAAGGCUUCCACUAUGUCAAGCAUCAAAGUCAAUUAACCAACUGGGAUGAUGAUGAGGAAAUUAAGCGGGUAAACUACCCUGAGAUGGAGAAACUGUGCUACAAAGUCUUAUCCGAGACCGAGAACAUGCCCAAGCCCUGCCUGGUUCAUAUCAUGACACACAUCAUUCGUCGCGGUCCCAAAGACGGUGAAGGCCCGAAGGGUCCGGCACCGUUGUAUGGAGUACAUGUGGACCAGUCAUUCAAGGCAGCUGAAGGCGUCGCCGAAAGAUGGCUGAAGGAAAGAGCAGAAGAAUUGCUCAAGAAACCCCGAUACCAGAUUAUCAACAUGUGGCGACCCAUUCGCCCGAUAACUCGGGACCCUUUCGCGGUGUCGGAUGCCCGGACUAUACCAGACUCGGACUUGGUGUUUGUACCAGUCCGAUUUCCGGAUCAUGACACUGAAGCCGUCGAAGUUCGUCCGCCGACGACUUCGCAGCACAAGUGGUAUUUCAAAGACCAGCAACAGGUUGAUGACGUGUUGUUCUUCAAGCAAGUGGACUCAAGCACGAAGCCUGGUGUUCCCAGAAGAGUGCCUCACUGUGCCUUCAAGGAUACGGACUUGCCAGAAGGCGCUGGUGAGCCGAGAGCGAGCAUUGAGGUCAGAGCAUUUGUGUUCUAUGAUGAAGACUAG